CUUGUCCCUCUAGUCUCUUCCUUAAUCAAUUCAACAAAGAAUACAAAAACCAUCAAACAAAACCUAUCUUUUCUCCCCUUAUAUAAACAAAAAAAAAUCACUACAAUUAUUUAAUUCUUCAAUAUUUGAUUCCUAUACCCUUUCCAUAAUAAAUCCAUUAUUAAUAUUCCUCUUCAAUUUUUUUUUAAUUUUUUUUUACUUAAAUUCCAUAUAUAUUCAUCACUAAUUACAAUUUUUUUUAUUAAAAUGGAUUUUUUCUACAAAGCCAAAGCUGUAAAAUUAAAAAGUCAUCUAGACAAAUACCUUGUAGCCGAUGAUGAUCAAGAAAAUAUCCGACAAAGCCGAAACGGCUCAUCAAGAAAAGCCCGGUGGCUUGUUGAACUUGUUGAAGCCGAAAACAGCCACUUUAUACGGCUUAAAAGUGGCUCCGGCAAGUAUCUCACGGCUUCCGACGAGCCGUUUCUUCUUGGCAUGACCGGAAAAAAGGUAAUUCAAACUUUGCCCGAAAAAAUGAAGGACUUGAGAAUCGAAUGGGAAGUAAUAAGGGAUGGAUUUCAAGUAAAAUUAAGGGGUUUUGGAGGAAAAUAUUUACGUGCAAAUGGAGGAAUGCCACCAUGGAGAAAUAAAGUAACACAUGAUAAUCCAUAUAGUGGUAGUACACAAAAUUGGAUUUUGUGGAACGUUGAACCUAUUGAUGUGCCCGAAAAUGAAUCGUUGGCGGAAUAUUUAACUAUGGUUUCAAGUUUUUCAUCGAUUUCUGAUGAACUUUUAAGUUUGGAUUUAGGAUCUCCGACUUCUGUACAUUCAAGUUUUUCUUUCUCACCUAGGAGGGCUAAGAUUUCUUUACCAAAAAGAUCAGCAAUGGAGCUAUUUCACAAAGCAAAAGCUGUUCGUUUACAGAGUCACCAUGAGAAGUACUUAACAGCUGAAGAAGAUGAAGAAUCAGUAACUCAAGAUCGUAACGGAGCAUCAAAAAACGCGAAAUGGACAGUUGAAUUUGUUGAAAAAACCGAAAAUGUUAUUCGAUUGAAGAGUUGUUAUGGGAAAUAUUUAACAGCUUCGAAUCAGCCAUUUCUUCUGGGUAUGACUGGUAGAAAAGUUCUUCAAACUUUGCCUAAUCGACUUGAUUCUUCAAUUGAAUGGGAACCCAUUAGAGAAGGACAUCAAGUUAAGCUGAGGACGAGAUAUGGGCAAUUUUUGAGGGGAAAUGGGGGUCUUCCUCCAUGGAGAAAUUCUGUUACUCAUGAUAUUCCUCACAGGACGAAAACUCAAGAUUGGGUUCUUUGGGAUGUUCAUGUUGUUGAAAUUUUGGCGCAUUCGACGGCGGAGACGACGGUGGUGGGUGGUAAUUCUGAUUCGUUUGCUUCUGAAUCGAGUUCUGCUACUACUACUGGUUCAUCAAAAUCUUACAGCUUUUCGAGACAAGAGUCAAGUGAUUCAUUGAUUAGUUCACCGCCUAAGUUGGUAGAUGGAAGGCUUAUAUAUUAUCACGUUACGGAUGAAUUUGGAGAAAUUGACGAAGGAGCUGAGGGACUUUGCAUAACUUUUAAGGGAAAUAGUGUUGAGGAUCUAAAGAAGAGAUUGGAGGAGGAAACUGGGCUCGAGGAUAUUACUGUGUGUACUCGGAGUGCUUUGAAUGGGAAGCUUUAUCCUCUCCGUUUGCAGCUUCCUCCCAACAACGCAAAUAUGAACGUUAUUAUUUUGCCAUCUUCAUCUAAAGAAUUAGUACUAAUGGAGCUGUUUUAUGAUGCUAAAGCUGUAAGAUUUAGAAGCCAUUUAAACAAAUACUUAGUAGCUGAUGAUGAUCAAAGAACUAUCCGGCAAAGCCGGAACGGCUUAUCGAGAAAAGCCCGGUGGCUGGUGGAGCUUGCAGACCCCGAAAACAGCCACCUUAUACGGCUGAGAAGUAGCUCCGGCAUGUACCUCACUGCUUCCGACGAGCCGUUCCUUUUGAGCUUAACAGGAGAAAAGAAGGUUCUUCAAACAUCACCGGAAAAUAUGGAGGAUGUGAAGAUUAUGUGGGAACCAUUAAGGUAUGGAUUUCAAGUGAAGUUAAGAGGUUAUGGAGGAAAGUUUUUAAGUGCAAGUGGAGGGACACUAAGAUGGAGCAAUAGAGUGACUCAUGAUAGUCCUCAUAGUGCUACUACACAUAAUUGGAUUUUGUGGAAUGUUGAACCUGUCGAUGUACCGGAAGAUGAGUCGUUGACGGAUUAUUUGACGAUGGUUUCAAACUUCUCGUCGGUUUCCGAUGAACUUUCUACCUUGGAUUUGGGUUCUCCCAUGUCUAUGCAUUCAAGUAUCUCCUUCUCACCUAAGAGUCCUCUAACUAGAAGACCAGCAAUGGAGAUUUUCCAAAAAGCAAAAGCUGUUCGUCUACAGAGUCGCCAUUACAAGUACUUAACAGCUUUGGAAGACGGAGAUUCCGUCACCCAAGACCGUAAUGGCGCUUCACAAAAUGCAAAAUGGACUGUUGAAUUUGUUGAGAAAACCAACAAUGUUAUCCGCCUAAAAAGCUGUUAUGGCAAAUACCUCACAGCAUCUAAUCAGUCUUCUCUUCUUGGUAUGACUGGUCGGAAAGUCCUGCAGACUCUGCCUAAUCGACUUGAUUCUUCAAUCGAAUGGGAGCCCAUCAGAGAAGGGAACCAAGUGAAGCUUAGGACUCGAUAUGGACAGUUUUUGAGGGGUAAUGGUGGAAUUCUUCCAUGGAAAAACACUGUGACUCAUGAUAUUCCGUAUCAGACGGCUACACAAGAUUGGGUACUUUGGGAUGUUCAUGUUGUUGAAAUCUUGGGCGAUUCUUCUGUUGUUCCUAAGAGGCCAUCACCAUUAGGUCUUCCUUCAGAUUCAUGUGCUUCUGAAUCAACAUCUACGUCUGUUGUUUCCUCGGAAUCCUCAAGCUUAUCUAGACAAGAGUCAAGUGAUUCUUUUGCUAAGUUGGGAGAUGGGAGGUUUAUAUUUUACUAUAUUGCUGAUGAAUUUGGAGAAAUUGAUGAGAAAAUGGAGGAACUUUGCAUAACCUUUGAUGGAAAUACUGUUGAGGAGCUAACUAAGACGUUGGAGGACGCAACAGGGCUUGACGAAAUUAUUGUGUGUACUAAGAGCCCUUUGAAUGGAAAGCUUUAUCCUCUCAGCUUGCAACUUCCACCCAACAAUACAACUAUGAAUGUUGUUGUAUUGCCAAAAGCUAUUACUCCAGAUUCUCUUUCAGACCAUAUGUCCAGCAUUCCCGAGUUGAAUGGUUCAAAUUUCAGAGAAUGGAAGGAGCAACUACAAAUUACUUUGGGAUGUUUGGAUUUAGAUUUGUGUUUCAGAAUUGAUGAACCUUUGGAAGAAUGUGCCAACUAUGCUACGUGGGAACACUCUAACCGGUUAAGCCUCAUGAUCAUGAAGAGUAAGAUCGCUAAGAACAUCAACAAAUCAAUACCAGAUUCUACUCGAGCAAGAGAGUUCUUGGCAUCUGUUGAGCAACAAUUCAAGGCUUCAGAUAAGCCAUUAAUAGGAACAGUCAUGGAAAUAUUUACGACUAAGAAAUAUAAUGGGACUAGUGGUGUGCGUGAGCACAUUAUGGAAAUGGAUGAUAUGGCAGAACAACUUAAAUCGAUGGAUAUGACCAUUUCAGAGUCCUUUUUGGUGCAAUUUAUUCUCAAUUCUCUUCCUUCUCAAUUCAGUCCGUUUAAAAUUAGCUAUAACACAAAUAAGGAGAAAUGGACCAUGGAUGAACUCAUUGUGAUGUGUGUUCAAGAGGAGGAACGAUUAAAGAGGGAAGGAUUGCUAUCGGGUCACUUAGCAACACAAGGUUAUAAAGGAAAAGGACCAAAGGAAGGGAAACAAAAGGGAAAGAAAUCACCAAAUCAUGGAAAUCUGAAGUGCUUCUUUUGCAAAGAGAAGGGACACUUGAAGAAGGAUUGUCCUAAACGCAAGAACUAGUUUGAAAAGAAUGGUAUUGGUUACAACCUGAGACCUAGAGUGAAAAUAUUCUCAUGGGGAAUAAAGCACCUUCAAUUAAUUCUAUAGAGACUGAUAGCUAAUUUUCAGUAGAAGUUAUUGACAAAGUUUGAACAAUACCUACCUAUUGUAUUGCUUAUAUUUCUAGAAAUUUUGUUUCUUUGCCCUGAUGAUCAAGGAUAUUAUGUUAAGUUUGGAAAUAAAGUUUCAAGGUAUUUUCGUGUAUAUAAAA